GAAUUUAGUGAAAUAAAGUGCAAUGAACCACGUGGACUUAAAAUCGAUAGUGCAGUGUUAUCGCGCAGGGGUCAAUCAACCCAUGACAUCUUGGGGUCAACUCCUCAUGCGCUCACCGAAUAGGUAUUAAAAUUAACGAAACACUUUGAGGGAGGAAUUUCGAGGCAUCGGUUUUCCGAAACAACCAGUUUGCAUUGUUUGUGGAAAUCUAUGUGGUCCAAGUUGGCCACAAAGUCAAAUAGGAGAUGGUAGUUGUGGGUGGAUUGAUGAGCAUCCAAGUGGUGAGAGACCUACAAAACAAAUGUAAGAAGACAUUAAAACUGGCCAGUAGUCGCUUUGGGAAUCAUCGAGGAAAGUUGGCCAGCCAUAAAAAUUGUCAAGGGUGAACAAAAGAAACUCGUGACGGAGGGCUUUCGAACAGCCCUGGCGCGACUGCGACACUGCACCCCGCAAGGGGGUUCCUUGCCAAACACACCAAAUCCACCUGCCACCCCUGAGCAUAAAAGCCACGGUCACGUGGAAAACCGUAGCUCAUCAGUAAAAGCUGCAAGGGGUACUAGUACUGAUCUUGGUAGGUCGCAGUCGUCGCCGAUACGCGGAGGGAGGCAUAAUGCAACCGAAAGCUCUCGAGAAGACACUGAUCUUUUGGCACAUGCUGCCUCUGCACUUCGUCGGCUCAAUUUCGUAUCAGCAGGUGGUAGUCGCAGCUGUCGCUCUGUACCUAAGGUCAUGAUCAUGGGCUCAAGUACUGCCUCGGAAACAACCAUCAACACAAGCACAGAUAGUGCAAACACAAUGGUUACUGUGAUGACAACUACAGACAGCGAGCAGCAUGAUGACAGCAUGGAUUUAGCCGACGAACCCUCAGAAUUGUCUCCACCAGCUUCCUCAAUGAACUCCAUGUUGCCUUCAACAAAGAAUGGAACAAAUAAUUUGGAAACAAUUACGAAGAAUAGAACAAUUGCCAUUACCCAAUGUACCACUGCCCCAAUGGUUCAGUCCCCUCCAAUAGAAGCAACAUUAAAUACGAACAUAAAUCCAAUAAAUGGCAUUGAUGCUUCCUCCCCUACUCCUCCUGCAAACAUUCGCCGAGAAACGAAGUUUCCUUUUGCAUCUGGACGGAUUCCUGCACUUCCUGAUCUCCGAACCGCCGAAUUUUUUAGUACUCCUGUAAGAGGAUCAGUAGAUGCAGGACAACCAGAUCCUCAUCAGGUAAAUUCAAUGCUUACUUUACUAGCAGCAAAAGAGAGAAUAUCAUCGAUGGAAGAGUCGAAAGCAAAUCAUAUUGACACCAGGAACGAUUUCAAGAAAGAAUCAGAUUUACAAGUCCUAGAGAAAGAUAAGAUUGAAGAUAGUUGUGGAAAAAUGCUAAAAAAUGCCAAACCAAAUAUAAAUGUCACCACAAAUCCUUUGGAUAUCUCUCUAUGUGGAUCACAGUCACCCUGCUCAACAACACAACCGUCCACGGGCACCAGGGGAAGUCGUAAAAUACCAGAAGCUCAUCCCCUUGUUUCCGCCAUUCAUUCAUGGGUCAGGGUCUUUUUCCCGUUUUGCGCAAUAGGUGGUAGUAGUGGAGGGACCAAAAGAACAACUCAAGCAACAAUUGUCGUUCAACAGCCAUCACUUACUCUAGAAGCCCCCGCAGCGACGAUCCUUCUUCGUCCUGAAGCAGAUGCACGACGUCGAGAGGAAAAUAUGCGACAGUUGCUUGAUGUCACUCAUACACUGACUCUUCAAGAAAUUCACGACUUUGAGAUGAGAUACGGAAGCCCGCAUCAUAGUAGAUCGCAAUCAGUUAAAACUCCCGGGAGCAAAUCCUCAGGACGUCCAAACUAUUUAUGUCUUCCACAACAAAGGUCGAGGGUUGCUAGCAUGCCGAAUACUGGUGUAGAAGAAGAAUAUUACAUACUAAGGCAUUUCAGCAUAACAGGCAAAGGUAUCGUGAACCGAGGUGAUUCCCUCAAAAGCCGGAGAUCUCGUUCUAACAACAGUGUAGCCUCUAGCAACUCUAGGAACCGAUUGAACGCUGGAAGUGUACCUGCAGAUAUCAUCACCCCAUCAAAUCAGGGAUUUAGCGACAAUAAAAGCUUUCUCACGGAACAUUUAACCGCCUCUUAUCCUGGCUCAGCGCGGAAUUCAGCUGCAGGCUCGUUAGCAAGCUCGAGAGGAAGCAGUGCAUCACAAGGAUCAGUACCUUAUAAAGUCUUAAUGCUUGGAGCACCAGCCGUCGGCAAGAGUUCCCUUGUUUCACAAUUUAUGACUUCUGAGUACCUGCAUGCUUAUCAUACUUCCAUUGAUGAGUCUGGCGAGAAAACUGUGAGUGUCUUACUUGCUGGAGAAGAAUCAGAAAUGACAUUUAUUGAUCAUCCCUCUUCUGAAAUGACGCCGGAAAAUUGCAUCACCGCGUAUGAGCCACAUGCUUAUUGUGUCGUUUACUCUACAACAGAUCGAGCAUCUGCACGUGUGGCAGAAAAUGUUCUUCAGACACUUUGGCGAAGUGAUCUCGUCUCUACACGAGCAGUUAUUCUAGUUGGAAAUAAAGCUGAUCUUGCAAGAAGUCGCACUGUACGAACAGAAGAGGGCCAAUCCAUGGCUGGUUCAUAUGAUUGCAAGUUUAUUGAAACAUCUGUGGGAAUAAACCACAACGUAGAUGAACUUCUUGUGGGUUUGCUGACGCAAAUACGUCUGAAGCUGGAAAACCCUGAAAGGACACGCGAUCUUUUCCGUAAGAGGUCGAGGAAAAACCGCAGCCGAUCACCACUUGGUUCAUUUUCGGAAAAUAAUUCACCUAAGAAAUACCGUGGUAGUCGCACAAGUGCAAGUCUCAAAGUGCGAAAUUUAUUGGGUAAAGUUUGGGCAAGAGAUAGUAAAUCUAAAAGUUGCGAAAAUCUUCAUGUUCUAUAAAAAUUCAUUUGAAUGUUACCGAUUGCGUGUGUCUUGGAACCUAAGCAUUCAUUAUGACCAAAAUAAAUUUUAUUUUCAUUUUUUCUUUAUACCAAAGACUGAAUUUAAUUAAUGGUGAUGAAAAAAAAAAGAAUAAUAACCAUUUUUACCUACUAUAACUCCUCUUAAUGUUAUUGAUUUUAAUCUUAUUAUUCCUGUUAAAAAUUUUCAAGUCCACAAUAGAUUUGUGGAAACUUUGUCCCAUAGUCUAUUCAAAGUCUGUAUUAUGUAACAAUUGUGAACUUCAAAGGAACUUUGUAAAGUAGUUAGUUAAAUUUUUGAUCAAAUUAAUCUGUGAUGAAUACACUACUUUAAAUAGCAAAAAUGCUCAAAUGUGAUUAAACGAUGUAUAGAACUGGUAGUGGAGAAAAUCAUCUAAAAUACAGAAUAAUGAUUGUAGAUAUAUCAACAUAACAUCAAGACCACUCCAACACAAAAGUACACAAUACAAUGAGUUAUUCUUGCAGUAUGCCAUAUUCAACAUAAAAUACACUAUUCAACAACUUGAUGAAAAUAAUUAGUUAUCAAACACCAGACUUACUUGUCAAACACAAAAUUCUACCACGAUUUUCAGCAAAUGAUAUAUGUGGUUAAAUGGUGAUGAUCUCAGAGGUUUUUACUUGGAUAACUAGAAUUUAUGUAUCACAGGAUUGAGAUGAUCAUUUGGAAUUGAAUCUCAACAAGAAUAGAGCAUAAAUUUUUUUUCUAAUUCAAUAGUUCAAACUGGUAAAUAAAUUUAAAUUAUUAUUAUAUUAAAAAUGAAAUGGUCAAGAAAGAGUGAUAAAUAAGUUGGUUGAAGUUGAUAACUUUUUGAUAAGACAGACUUUUGAUUUGGUGACCAAGUCUCCAUGAAUCAAUGAUAGACAUGAAAUAUUUUCUACAGGUUGCUAUUGAUAGUUUUUAAAUUUAGGAGUCGAAAGCAUAAAAAAUCAGUCAUGUAUUUUUUCUACUUUUAACAUAUAAUUAAAUUGAUGAAAUCAUAAGUAUAGGUUUUAUUUAUAAAAUAAACAUUGAUGCAUUUGAUUUUAAUUUUUUAAACAAACAACACAUGUUCUUGUUUUAAUAGAUCAUUUAUUAGUAAUAAAUGGAUCAAGCUUGUCGAAUAAAAUAAAUGCUUUUUCAUUGAAUAAUAAAUUUUGCUAAUUGUAUUAUUAACAGCUGUUACCUUAAAAAAGGAGCUGCAAUGUGAAUUGUGGAGAAUUCGAUAGAUUGUGUGUAAAAUGAUAGAAAAAAUACUUUAUUAUUAACAAAACAUCUUCUCUAAAGAGAACCCGGUAAAGCUUUUAAUAGUCCAAUCAAUCUUCAAUCUCCUAUUGUAUGCAGUGGCAUGGCCUAAAUCUAGAAAGAUUGAAGCCAAGGUUUCUUAUAUGUUGAUAAAUAAACAUAUAUCAUACACUCUAACUAGAAGUAUAGAAUUGAAAGAUCUAUUUUCUGAUUCAAUAAGAAUCAGGAGAUGUAUUUAUUUAUUUUAAACUUGAAAAGAUGGUGAAUUUUCGAUGGCAUUUAGAUUACAUUGAAUCUCAAGAUUGGAAAAAAUAUAAAUUGUGAAGAUGAGUUAAUUUUUAAUUAUUUGAACAAUUUACUUCACUUGUUAUAACUUUGUAUUGAAAAGUUAAAUAAGUGAGAAUUAGAUACAACUUUUUUUAUAGAAAACUUGAUGCUAAACAAAAGUUUAAGAAUGUUGAAGUCAACUAACAAAUAAAUGAACAACUUUUAAUGAAUUGACAACUUUUUUCGUCAAUUGACAUUAAAGAGUAUCAGUUCAAUAAAUCCUGGAACUUAGGGGAAGGUGGGGUAAAACGGGGACUUCAAGGUAUUCCAUAAAUAAAACCCUUAAUUUUGAAUUUCACAAUGUUGGAAGUUUUAUUGAAAAAAUAAUCAGUCAUUCUUUUUUUAAAUUCUAAUGAGUCAGAAUAAAAAAAUAUAAUUAUUCUUAUGUAAAUAUCAACUUGAAAAAAAUAACUAAAGUUCCCCAUCUUGCCUCAUUUUUAGGGCAAAACGGUGUACCUCUUUACCCCACCUUUACUUUUUCUACCACAAGUAUUGUUUUAAACAAUUAACUUAAAUGAUAAUUGAGUGACAAUGAACCAUUCGUUGUCAAUUUACUCAAUAUGUCUAGCUUUGAUCCAUAUAUAUGGACGUUGAUAAAAUGGAUUUAGAAGGUUAUAUUGCUGAUAUACAGCAUCAUAAGUUUCAAAAUGUAUGUGAUAUACAUAUUUUUUAAUAUUCAUAGUGAAGUUAUGAUUGAGAAUAUGUGUUAUUUAUUUUUAAAUGAAACACUUUCAAUCAAAAAGUGAUAUGAGAGAAUUGAAAUUAAAAAUUCAAACAAAAUUGUAGAAAGAGUUAUUAAAAAUGAAAAUGAAUAUUUUUUCCUCCGUCAAGAUUCAUUGUAUAUCAACAUCACAAUCUCACAAUACAUAGGACGUUUUGUACAUUGAUUGAACUAUACGAAGAAAAAAAAAUAAAGAAGAAAAUGUGAAAAGGGGAAUGUAAGAGAAAGUAAACGGAGGGAAAUUAUAUUAUUAAGUAACAAGAAAUAGUUUUUGGUAAAUUUUUAAGCCCCCAAUCAUUCCCAAUACGCUUAAAUUAAAAAGUGAUCGAUUUGACGUAAUGUAAUCAACACUUGACAACAAAAUGAUAUUUAAAAUGUAUAAAAUAUCGUAUACAAUACGUGUGUAUGGAAAUUAUAAUUAUAAAUUAAAAUAUAUUAUAGUAAAUCCUCAUGUAGACAAAAAAUUUAUAAUGUAGUUUCAUCAAUUGUGUGUAUAUGAAUUUAUAUAAUUUUUUACUUCACAAUUUUGUACAUCUUACGGAAAAAAAAAAAAACAAAAUAGAACAUGAGCUGCAUCGUCGGAUCACAAUGAUAAUGGACCGAAAAAUUUGGAAUACAAAUAAUCAUAUUGAAUAACGAUUGUAUUUUAAAUGUUACAAAAAAAAAAAAAAAUUGAUUAAUUAAAUUUUAAUAACUAAAUGUAUUGAAAUAAUUAUCGAAAAUUUAACAUCUAAGGUCCAUGCGAAAAUCAUUUCUGCAGAUAAAAAUAUUUCUCAAUAAAAAGAGUCUUUUUUUGAGUAAGUGCAAUAAGCAAUGUAUAUUUGAUGUCAUUUGUAUAGAAUUCGUUGCUAUUUGUGUAAUAAAUUUAUUGAACCCUUGAAUCUUAUAUAUGUGAUGUAAGGACGGAUUAUCAAGUGUCAUUAUCCCGAAAUUAUUAUUACAAUACUGAAAGACUUCAAUUAACAACGUAAAAAUUUAUAAUAAAACAUCUAAAUGUACAGUUUUUUCUGUGUUGUGGGAUAAGGAAAAAAUUUUAAUAUCCAAUUUUGGAAUUAAGAAAAAUUGAACAAAACCAGACAUUUGCAUUUUUUAAUUGUCUUAUUUUUUUAAAUUUAAAUAAAUUUUAUUUUUUAUCUACAACAGUUUUGAUGUAGUCCAGUCGUGGUGCAAUUAAAAAUGGAGUUAAUAAAAAAUCUCAUUACAUCAUUCGAAACAGGGCAUUUUCCUAUCAAUCAACUUACAUGCGCACAAACUAUCAAUUUGAAUUAUGCGCAUUCCCGCUAAUUGAUUGGUACACUGUAAUACCGAAAAACUUACCGAUGAUGUUUGAGAUCAAAUAUCUCAAAAACUAAAUCGAAAUUUGAAAAAAUAAAGCAACCAAAAUUUUUCUUAGAGUUCAAAGAAUAAAUUAGUUCCUAUGAAGUAUAUUCGAAUUUUGCGUCCCUGAGAAGAUAUAAAAUAAAAUAUACGGCUUCGAGCCAGCAAAAGUUUAUUUUUCGGAAAAAACUCUCUGACGCAGACACUUUUUUUGCUUGCGAAUGAUGUUUUUAAAAUCAGUACACUUUUUUACAUAAAAAAUACUCUGAUUUAAAUGGUGUAUUGAAAUUUGCGAUUAAAAUUGCGCCAGGAAUGGACUAAUAUUAGAAUUUUUAUUAACAAUUCUAA